UACUACUACUCUUUUGUCUUCUUCUUCCACAUCUGAGUUUACAAUCUCGGAUCCGUGAACUGAAUCUCUGGCGGCAUCCUCCAUGGAUCGUGCUCUUACUUCCCGUUUUAACAUUCCCUCUACUCUCUCUCCCUACUACCAAAGUAGGACUUCUCUGGCUGCCAUCACUCGACGAUUCACGCCGGCGAUUGUUUCCGCGAAGCGAUCUCCGAUCGAGGGAGUGAGUGACGAGCUGAACCUAAUCGCCUCGGAGGAGUUAGAUCAAGCUCCCGCGAGAAGACGCGUCCGUUCCGCUUUCGUUGAUUUGCAGCUUCAGCUCGAUCACUGCUUGUUCAAGAAAGCUCCGAUCGGGAUCAGAACAGAGGAGUGGUAUGAGAGAAAUUCAAAAGGGGAGGAGAUUUUCUGCAAGUGUUGGUUGCCGGAGGCCGGAGUUAAAAUCAAAGCGGCGGUGUAUUUCUGUCAUGGUUAUGGCAGUACUUGCACUUUCUUGUUUGAUGGCAUAGCAAAGCAAAUAGCAGGUUCUAGAUAUGGAGUGUAUGCUAUAGACCAUCCUGGUUUUGGCCUCUCAGAUGGUUUACAUGGUCACAUCCCAAGUUUUGAUGACUUAGCUGAUAAUGCUAUUGAACAGUUCACCAAAAUGAAAGGGAGACCUGAACUGAGAAAUGUGCCUCGUUUCCUGUUCGGACAGUCAAUGGGAGGAGCUAUUGCCUUGAAAGUUCAUCUAAAAGAACCUCAAGCCUGGGAUGGUCUUAUCCUUGUGGCUCCAAUGUGUAAGAUCUCAGAAGAUGUAAAGCCUCCUAAGCUAGUUUUGAACGCGUUGAUCUUGAUGUCAACACUGUUUCCCAAAGCAAAGCUCUUUCCAAAGAAAGACAUGAGCGAGCUCUUCUUCAGAGACCCGAGUAAAAGAAAACUGUCCGACUAUGAUGUGAUAUGCUACGAUGACCAAACGCGUCUGAAAACCGCUGUUGAGCUUCUGAACGCGACAAGAGACAUUGAGAUGCAAGUUGAUAAAGUUUCAUUGCCGUUGUUGAUACUCCAUGGAGCUGCAGAUAGAGUGACCGAUCCUAAUGUGAGCAAGUUCCUUCACGAGCAAGCAAUCAGCGAAGAUAAAACUCUGAAGCUCUAUCCAGGUGGCUACCAUUGUAUUCUAGAAGGUGAUACAGACGAAAAUAUUUUCACAGUAAUCAACGACAUAGUUGCUUGGCUCGAUGCUCGUACAACUCCCAAGUAAACUGAGAGUAUAUCUCCAAAACCAUAUAUUUAUUAUCGUCUUUGUGAAACUCUCUGAGGUUAAUAUCAUGAGGAAAAUAAAAAUAAAACAAAUAUCCAUGGCUUACAAUGAUGAAUACACAACCACAUCGCUCUCCAA